AUGGAAUCACCACACAAGAUAUUCCUCAUACCUGAGGUACUGGAACAAGUCCUCGUGGAGCUCGACGCAACCACCCUCCUCCUCUCCCAACGCGUCUGCCACCUCUGGAACUCACUGAUCAAGACAUCCCCGACCCUCCAAAGAGCCCUAUUCUUCCGCCCUGAAAAGCAGCCACCAACCGAAGACCAAAACCCCAAGCGCACCACAAACCCCUUCUUGGACAAGCUCCUGAAGCACUUCGUCAGCAACCCUACAUCAGUCAACGGCACACAAGAUAGCAGCAACUGGCUUUGUCUAUUCAUGCCCCAACAAACAACGAAUCAUCAAAGGCUAGGACGGAAGCAGCACCCCUACUCCCGCCCCGAAGCCAGCUGGCGGGAAAUGCUCCUCGACCAACCACCAACCCCGAGCAUAGCGGUCAGGGAUGACCUCAUGCCCCUGAGGACAUUUGGGGUACUCUGCGACGAGAGAAAGUCCGUCCUCAGAUUAAAGCAUCUAGAGACGCUUGUUCAGGACGCUAGGUCUUAUUAUACCGAGAAGCGAUCGCCCCCAAGCUUGAUCGAGCUGUACAAUGACAUCCGACUGGGAGACCAGCCAAUUCAGAAGAUCCAAAAGGCUGAGCGGGAGUAUUUUCGGGGUAACACAUCCCAGGAGGCCAUUGCAAGGAAGCCAACACCAGUUUCGCAGUGGGGUUGCCAGCACACGCCACCCCACCAGCAGCGUCUCCGGAAAGCGGGGGAGCUUUUGGUCACUGACUCCAAGCUGUGGAAGUGGAUCAUGCUGUUCAAAUUUGAGUGGGAUCGGACUCACGGAUACAAACCCGUCUCAGAGCGUUGA